CAGUUCUUGUGUAUAAAUAAAUUGGACAAUUCUCAUUAUUCAUAACCCACUGCCAUUUCCAUUGUGUUUAAUGAACAUGUGGCUGAUGAGUAUCUCUGUAUUUGCAUUUGCAAUAAUAUUAUCAUACGUUGCUCAUUGGAUUUUCAGGUGGCGGAAUCCUGCUUGUAAUGGAAGACUUCCUCCUGGCUCCAUGGGUUUUCCGCUCAUCGGAGAAACUAUUCAGUUCUUUAUUCCAAGCAAGUCGCUCGACAUGCCUCGUUUUGUGAAGAGCAGGAUCAAAAAAUACGGAUCAAUAUUUAAAACAAGCUUGGCGGGACGACCCUUAGUUGUAUCAUCAGACGAUGAUUUCAAUCAUUUUAUUCUUCAACAAGAAGGAAAAUUGGUAGAAUUAUGGUAUUUGGAUAGUUAUUCGGAGCUUCUUGGCCAAAAUGAUCCUUUCAAAGACGGUAUUAAUUUCGGACACAUCUAUAAGACUUUCAAGAGAUUGAUUACGGAACAUUUUGGUCCUGAAAGACUUAAAGAAUACAUUCUUCCUCAAUUGGAAGGCGUGGUUGACGACUACUUGCAAGCAUGGUCGGAGCAGGGCUCUGUCGACUUAAGACAUUGUUGUCGCAGGGUGAUAUUGGAUUUCACUUCAAAGUUGUUAUUUACCUAUGAUACGGAAAAAAACGGGGAGAGUCUAAACAAUACAUUUAUGAACUUUACAAAAGGGUUACUUUCUUUUCCUGUGAACAUUCCAGGAACAACAUUUCACAAGUGUUUGGAGAGUAAGAACAAUAUACUGAAGAUGAUAAAGGAAACAUUGGAGAAGCGAAAAGCUUUUCCUGAAACAAGGAAAGGGGAUUUUCUUGAUAGUCUGAUACAGCAAAUGGAAGCUGAUAAGUUAUUUACAGAUGAUCUUGUUAGUUAUCUUAUCUUUGCACUUCUACUUGCUACGUCUGAGACACUUCCGACAUCUCUAACUUUGGCCAUUAAGCUAUUGUCCGAACAUCCUCUGGUCAUGGAAGAAUUACUGAAAGAAAACGAAGAGAUUAUCCGAAGCAGAGAAAACAAAGAAAGUGCAGGUUUGACAUGGAAGGAAUACAAAUCCAUGACUUUUACAACGAACGUUAUUAAUGAAGUACUUCGGAUGAGUGGUUCGGCUGGAAUGUUUAGAAGAACACUGGCCGAUAUUUAUAUAAACGGAUAUACGAUUCCAAAAGGGUGGACAAUCCUGAUAGUUCCUGCUUCUAUUCACUUUAACCCAAAUAACUAUAAAGAUCCUACUGCUUUCAAUCCAUGGCGAUGGAAGGAUUUGGGAUCAGACGAAGUGUCCAAAAGUUAUAUCCCAUUUGGUCGGGGAAUGAGACCCUGCGGCGGAUCAGAUUAUUCGAAAGUGUUUAUUGCAGUGUUUAUCCAUGUUAUCCUGACUAAGUACAGAUAUAGCACUGUGAAGACGGGAGAAAUUGUAAGAACUCCAAUGUUACAGUUUGGCAAUGGACAUUUCAUUAAGGUGUCAAAGAAGCAAGAAAUGAAUGAGGAGGGCAAUUAAUCAAUUAAUUAUGUAAUUUGAGUGUCAUUUGAGAUUAUGUUUCAUAAAUAAAUAAUUAAUGUUGUAAUGUCUCUUAAUUAUGCAAUUUGAGUGUCAUUUGAGUUU